GCCUUAACCUAUCUUUGUAUCUCCCUCGAGAUUUUGCCCAUCAACCUAAAUUCUCAAUGUGAUUUUUAUAAGAAGUUUUUAAAUAUUGUUUCUCAAGGUCUCAAGGUGAUGCCAACUCUUUCCAAACCCUUCUUUUUUCUAGAUUUUCUUUGCCCCCAAGAUCGAAAGCACUUGAUAUCUCAUUGUGAUCCUGCGUCGGGUGUUUUAGGUCUCUAGGUACAUCCAUGUUUUCCUCCCACGGGUGAUUUUCUUCACGACUCACGUACAUCCCCCCACUAAGUGUUGGAAGCACGGGGAUUCGUCGUUCCCAGAAUCAACGGGUGACGUCAAUGGGAAUCAACCUUCGCGCUUCAGGUCGAGCACGUCGAAUUAUAUUACUUCAUAGAACCAACCCGUAAUUAUAGCGUCCUGUAUCCUCCGAAUAAUCAAGCUUUCAGUAGAUUCACAAAAACCCUCCUGUUCAAAUUCGUUGAAGAUGGUGUUCAUUUUUUCCAGUACAACUGAUGCUUUAAAUCCAGGCAUAGUACUGCAAAAAAAGCUGUACUGGUUUCCAUAAGUUUAAUACAAUUAACAGAUAAAUAUCUCUUAAUUAUUGAAACUCGAGAUCUCGCUGUUUUUCUGAGAAACGAUUUAGGACGCACUUUUUCCGCAGCUCGAAUUUGCGCAAGCGUGCGUUCUUCGGAAAUAGAUCAAUUACGAAGAUACGUCAAGAUGCAUCUCAGAAAAAAGAAUCCGAAGAUCGUACGGGGGCGAGGUCAUAAAUAUUUCAAGGAUCUCAGGCGAUGAUAAAUAUUUUGUCGUAAGACGUCAGCGUGAUAACGCAGAAGGAAAAGAAGAAAUUUCGCACGUCUCCCUCUUUCCCCUUUCGAUCCUGUUUCUCAUGCACAACAGAAAAUAUAUGCGUGGGCGUUGGGUAAUCGUGGGCGUUGUACGAUGGGGAGGGUGUGGGCGUUUUUGCCUGUUGCGGGGGUUGAAGAAGAGCUGGGGACUGAAUACGGAAAACGCUGCUACAAUUUUCAACCCUGGAACUUCCAGACCACAAGGAAAAUUUUGUAAAUUACCUAAAACAAUAGGAUUGUUAAAACAAUAGUAAUUAACAGUAGUUAAGAGAAUUCUCUACUUUUAUAGGGUAAACGGUUCCAGGAACUUUCUCUGUUAAUACCUAGAGCCAUCCAUCUACAAAUGACAUUGACACACUAUAAUUUCAGUCCGCAAUUUACCAAAAAAGUCUGGAAUUAAAAUAAGAGACUUGUACAAUUCUGAAAGUUCUUUGAAAGUAAAGAUAAGUUUCAUGUCUGCCCAUUUACCUUCAAAACAAUAAGAAAGGAUACGCGAGAGAAGAUUUUAAGAAUAGAACCGAAGAUUUGGUCGGGUCAUCGCGUGGGUAGACGUAUUUCGUACCACAAUAGCGUAUACAAGUUCUGUGUGGAGUGUCUGCAGAAAUGUGCGCGUGUGGACGUCAUAUCACCUCGAGUAGGGGUUGCUCGAAAGGGUAGGGGAUGCUCGUUCACCAAGGGGGUUGGUUGAUCGACCGUACCCCACUGGUUUUCUAGUCGUCCUGUCGAGCUCCAACAUUCAUUCUACCUCGACCAGCCGAACUCGCCAGUUCUCUACGUCCUCGAGAACCAUCGCCACGAGAAACAUCCGAGGAAAUCUUGAACUCCAGAACAACUAAGACGAUGUACGCCUGGGUGUGGUUGACUCUGUGCUGUCUCAUUAUGGUCCAAUCCUUGCCGACGAAUCUGGAAGAAGGAAAAAAGACUGAGCAAACAAUGAGACCAAAACCAAAACGAACACAGGAGAUGUUGAUGUUUGGUAAUCAACAGAAUCGUCAAGCAGAAAGCAAAACCACCUCGUAUUCCUCUACAGCAGAGAAAAGAACUCUUGCCUCGGCAGGAUUAGGUGGACUGAAGGCAGCUUUGGCCGAAGAGGAGAAGUCUCGUUCUAAUACUCCUAACAAUGCCAUGUACGAUCGUGAUUCCUUUCCUCCCUAUGAAAAGAAUUACGAUUACAGCAAGGUCCUCGUCAACGAACUAGGCGACGAGAUGCCGCAAGUCUGGGACGUUCCCGCGUACUCUCGCUACUACUUGAACGAAGACCGUCGGAAGAGGUCCGAGAAGUCUGGAGUCGGAUCAACCACCAUAAAACCAUCUACCUCGUCAUUCCAAUCAACAUCCACUCAGCAGUCCGUGUCUCAAGCAAAGAGAAGCGUUCCAAUUUAUCAGGAGCCGCGAUUCAAAAGGGAAUUGGAUAUCGAUCCGGAAGACGUGUUAACUCUUCUGUCCCUUUGGGAGAACGAGCGUAGAAAACGGAACUGGCACAAGUACAUGAACGACGAGUACGAGAAUGUGGAGGACGAAGACAAUCUUCUUGAUGAAGAGGAUCCUCGAAAUGUAAUUCCAUGGAUGGAUUCUCCAGUGUAUCCCCCUCGUCACUACAGCCUGGACUCCCUGUCUCCUUCAGACAUAGGAAUCAUUCGCACUCAUCCAUCCAGUUAUUAUGAACAAUACGAGAACCAAUAUGGUCAACAAUACGACGGUUCUCAAUACGGCAGCCCCCAGUAUGGUCUUGUGUAUCCUCAGAGUUACUACAACCUCCCCGAGAAGAGGUUUAUGGUCUCCAGAAAGCGCUCUCAGGCAUAUGAUCCUUACUCUAAUUCUGCUCAGUAUCAGAUAAGCUCUCAAUCACGAGGAUAUCCUUACCAGCACCGUCUAGUAUAUUAAACUGUUACUUAAAGUAAUAUCGAAAACGUGAUUGAUACGAGGGAUCUUUAUCACGAGGGUAACGAACUGACGUUUUCGGACUCACGUAUACGCAAGAUAAUUUUCUGACGUCUCUCUCUCUGACGCCCCCUUCUUUUAGCUAUUCUGUUAUGAAACAGUAAUACGUUCUCAAACGGCGAGACAAGAGAGACUACUUUAAGAAACACGGUGCUCAGAAAGACUUCACUUACAAGAGCCUGCUGAAAUAGCCCUCUUAAACCUUUGGCCAAUGCGUUGUAAGAUUUUAUCUUUCUUUUCCAAAAUAGAAAACACCCUGAAUUAAGAACGUUUGGUUUCAGCGUGCUCUUGUAUUUCUUAACACGUUAAUCAUUUAGGACUCUCGUUAUAUCGCCACCCUUCUCUGUAGAGUUUUCAAGCCUCCAGAUUUUAAAUUUAUUAAAAAUUUUGGCAAGAUCUAUAUUUUCAAAAUGUUCAAGUUAUCUUAAUUCUUGGAUUUAAGUAAUCAAGAUGAAAAUGUAACAAUAGCUCCCUAGUGCGGGGUGAUAUAACAAGAGUUUACUGUACUCGCUAGUACAACGUCAAUUGUAUUAAUCUUACAGUAGUUAACGUGUUAAAACACUAUACAGGGUGUCUCACAACGUCCCUGAAAUGAGGGGUAGAUUCUGAACAAGAUUUCCCUUUGCGAAAAUCUAAUUCAGAAUUAGCUCCUCAUUUCAGGGACACUUGUGAAACACCCUCAAGCUCUCCUUGCUUGCAGCACGGGCAGGAAGAGCCCCGAUCAAUCGUGCGACGACUGAAAUCGUUAAAACAAUCGUAGUGUAUUCGAAUCAAACUAUCCUCAUGCUUUUCUGACUGAUUAAAAAACGGACGAAGAAUAGUUUUUCCAUGGGUUAGGCUCGAUAGACUCCAUCCGAUUAGACGACUAGGUGAUGGGAUUACAUGGACGACCUACAAUAAAAGGAGGACAAGAUUUAUUCGAGACGAUAGUGAACGAUAGAAUAGAAAAAAAAAUAACGAGGCUGAUAUGUCAUUUUAUAAUUGUUUACCAUUCGUUU